AUGGCUCUUGAUCCAGAGAAAGUAAAAAACUUUCAGGAAAGAUAUUUGGGCCUCGACAACAACAUAACCUACAUUAAGGGCCACGCCAUUUCCAACGAGUAUUACAGUUACAAAGAUGCACAAAGGGCUGCUAGUAGUGCAAGGAAGGAUUAUAAAGAUAUUGGGAAUAGUUUGAAGGUGACAAAGCCCUAUGAAGGCCCCGCCCAACUUGUUGGAGGUAAUAUGUACUAUCGCGAUGGACAGGAGAUAAUGGCACCUCUGACCGAAGCCGCUGCUGCCACGGCAAGAGUCGAAGGCAACCGCCGCGAUGCGUUCAAUAACAAUUAUGGAGAUCUCCUACAGGCUAAGGGGCAAUAUCAGAACCAUGUUGAGCAAGCCAAACAAACCCACAACAGUGCAGAUAAGUAUGACAAAUACGAAGAUCAACACGAGAAGUAUCGUGUGCUUCAUUAA